AUGGGUAUAUGGGACGCCUUUUCCGAAAUUGUCGAGGCAGUGACUCCAUGGAGCGUCGUGGAGGCUGAGGCCCCGGCCGAGGAGCCCAAGGCUGACGAGACCGAGGCCAAGGGCGACGAAAAGUCAGCCGCUGACGACGAAGCCGAAGCCACCGAGGACGGGGAGGAGGAAGAGGAGGAGGAGGAUGACGAGGAGGAGAUUGUCGACCCCAAGGAUACACUCGAAGAAGAGUGCAAGAAUUCUGCUCAAUGCGCCCCCGCCAAGCACCACUUUGACGAUUGUGUCGAGCGUGUCCAGCAGCAGGAGAGUGAGGGUGAGGCCAAGGAGGACUGCGUCGAAGAAUUCUUCCAUCUGGCCCACUGCGCAACCGCCUGUGCGGCCCCGAAGCUGUGGUCGAAGCUGAAGUAG